CGACGAGUUUCGUGACCUCAGGAGGAGUGGGGGGGAGGGGGAAAAGAAAAGUUUCCCUAGAGUAGAAGGAAAAGAAAUAAAGCUUAAGCGCACAGAAAGUACCGCGGAAUUCCUCUUCAUCAAAUCUACACCGGCUUACCAAUAUGGAAAAGAAAUUUGCGGAGAUAGACAGGGAAAACCGCUGGCCUCAGUCUUAUCUGGAAAUUCGAAACGAGUCCCAGGACUUUCCCUAUAAAGUAGCUAAGUAUCCAGAAAAUCAGAAUCGAAACAGAUACAGGGAUGUCAGCCCUUUUGACCACAGCCGUGUUAAGCUUCAGAAAGCAGAUAAUGAUUAUAUCAAUGCAAGUCUAAUUAUCAUGGAAGAGGCCCAGAGAAACUACAUUUUAACCCAGGGUCCACUUCCCAAUUCAUGUGGACAUUUCUGGCAAAUGGCCUGGGAACAAAAAAGUAGAGCAAUUGUGAUGCUCAAUCGUGUAAUUGAAAAGGGAUCAGUAAAAUGUGAAAAGUAUUGGCCGAGCACGAAAGAUGAAACAAUGUCAUAUGAAGACACUGGGUUCAAUCUAAGAUUGUUAUGUGAAGAUAUAAAAUCAUACUACACUGUGCGGCAGUUGGAAUUGCAGAGAACCUCUUUUCAAAAUAACAAAAAAGGAAAAGGGCCUGAAGCAAAAGUUUGGGCACCCUCCAUGACUGGAGAAACCAGAGAAAUCUACCACUUCCAUUACACCACUUGGCCUGACUUUGGAGUACCUGAAUCCCCUGCUUCAUUCCUUAAUUUUUUGUUCAAAGUGAGGGAGUCUGGCUGCUUGAACUCAGAUUGUGGACCUACUGUUGUUCACUGCAGUGCAGGCAUUGGAAGAUCUGGUACUUUCUCUUUGGUUGAUACAUGCCUUGUUUUGAAAAGAUGGAAAGAGCUUUCCAAUGAAGACCAGGAGCCGAUACCAGGCAAUGCUUCUCCACCACCCCAGCCUCCAAAACGAGCCCUUCCACGGCAUAAUGAGAAUAAGGCGCCUCAUUUGUCAGUAGGCGAAGCAACUGAUGCAGCAAACAACAUUUCCACGGAAGAAAAUUCUGUACAAGAGAAAGAGAUCAAAGCAAAGUAUGUGAAUAAUAUUCGUAAGCGACAUCGUGAGGAUAGGAUAGCGGGUACAGCGCAGAAAGUACAGCGAAUGAAACAGAAGCUUAAUGAAACUGAGGUGAAACGAAAAAGGUGGUUAUAUUGGAAACCUAUUCUCAUUAACAUUGCUGCAGUUACUACUCUUGCAAUUGGAGCUAUUGUUUGCUGCUCUAUGUAUUUUCAGUGAUCAAUUUGUAACUUCAUUUAAUGGCACAUGGUAGCAUAUUGCAUCUGAGAUUUCAGAUGCUGAGGAAUGAUAUCUCCCCUGCACAAGAACUUUGUUUUUCAAGAUUGACAGAGAAAAAUGCAGUAGGGUGGAGCUGUUUGGUUUUACUCAAAAUUUGCAAUAUAGAAUCUCAGGUUCUUGUACUGUCAGAUGUUUGAAUAAACAAAACCACCAGACACAAAAAUUCUGUUGUAAAUAAAUUAUCAGAUCUGUACUACAAUAAACAUUUGGUUAAAAGUUGUGCUUCCAUUAAAAGCAGUUUUUCUCCUUUUCUUGAGAUGUCCAAAAGGAUGUUUAUAUUUUAUUCUGUUUCGCCUAGUAGCCUGGGCAUUAUGAAAAGCACAUUUAUUUUGGUAGGAAGAUUUAAUUAUCCAUGUCCAUAAAUAUUAAACCAGUAAGGAAUGGAAGCCAACCUCUUUGCAUGUCUUGGGUUCUACUUUACUGGUUUAGCCAACUGAUGUCCUGCAUUUUUAAGUUUUCCCCCCCUUUUUUUUCUUAGCAGAAUUACAGCACAUUUAAAACAUAUGUGCUUGGAUUAAAAAGGUCACUUAAAAAGAUAAUUAUUUUAGGUUAAAUAUUUUUUCCAUUUUGUUGUUUAUUGGCCUGUAUAUAGAGUUCAGUUAUUUUUUUGGCAGAGAGAUUUGGAAGCCUUUUCAAAAUACAGUUUUAAGCAGUCUGAGUGUUGUUAUCAUUGUGAAUGUCUAAAAUACUAGUUAAUUCCUUAACCCAUAGAGGUUUCCAAAAAAAAAACAGUGCCAUUCUUAUUUUCUAUCACCAGAAUUUUCAUUUUCAUAGUCCUAUGAUGUAUAUUUCUCAAAUUUUACCUUAAAAUUUUCGGUUCAAUUUCUUGCAUAGUUUACCGGGAUAUCUUUAAGGAUAAAUCAUGCCUUUAAUACACCAAAGUACUCAUUCCAUGUGUACAGAUUGAUAUAUAAAUGCUGGUAAGACAUCCAAAGUUGCUUCUGUGGGUUAAAGAGUUGAGAAGUGUUUCUAGUUAGUGCUGGUUAAUGAUGUGAUUAUCCUGAAAUGAAACGAUUAUUCUUGUGUUUUGGGCAGGAAGGAGUAACUUGUUGAAAAUAGCAUCAGAUGACACUUAAAAUUUGUUACAGCUUUACAUUCCAGAAAGACCAGCUAAAUAA